AUGCGCUUUUUUAAGUUCACAAAAGCUCAGAGCAAACGUAAAAUCUGGAUUGAUAAUAUACCUUCAGGACUGGAAGGUAAUUUCUCACCUGGUAAUGGAACAUACGUGUGUGCAAACCAUUUUGUUGACGGAGAGCCAACUUCAGUAAAUCCAAACCCAACACUCUUUUUGACCUUGCUUCAAGACAAGUAUGGUAACACUCCGAAAAAAAGAAAAGCUCUGCAUAGAGAAGAGCCUGCUACAUCAACAUCACAAAUCGAUAAUGUUGGAGAUAUGGAGAUUGAAGAUGAUGAUGAUGGUGGUGAAUAUAAUGUUGAAAUACAUGAUAAAUCACAGUCUGAAGACUCAGACUGGGAACCAGAAAUAGUUUUCCCCGACCUGUGCUUUGAAGAAAUUUCUAGAGAAGGGAUGGUAACUGAGUACACUGGAUUACCUAGUGCUAAAAUUUUUCAAUAUUUGUUUGAGAGUCUAAUACCAAAGGCUAAGAACAUGACCUACUGGAAAGGUCAAGUUCAAGUUUCAAAAGAAAAACCAAAUGAAGUGACAAUUCACAAACUGAAUGAUAUAUUUAAACUGUUUGAAGAGGCAAGAGAGGAACCACCAUCAGUCAAAAGGGGACCCAAAAGAAAAUUGCUUUUAGAACAAGAGUUUCUAAUGGUCUUAAUGAAAAUAAGAUGUGGAUUGAUGAACCAUGAUCUUGCCUUUAGAUUCAAGAUUUCACCUGCUCUAGUGUCCAAAACUGUUGCAACAUGGUUGAGAUUUAUGGCAAAAGAACCUAGCUGGAUGAUCAUGUGGCCAAGUAAAGGUCAAAUUAAACUUGAAUUACCAGAUUCAUUUCAAAGACUCUAUCCUAAUGUACGCUGCAUUAUAGAUUGUACAGAGGUGUUUACAGACACUCCUAGUGCUUUAGAUGUACAGGCAGCACUAUGGUCUGAGUACAAACAUCACUGUACAAUGAAAUUUCUGGUUGGGAUAACCCCCAAUGGAGCCCCUUCAUAUGUGUCUCAGUGUUAUGGAGGCAGGGCAACUGACAAGUUCAUAGUGAGAGAUUGUGGAUUUUUAGAUCUAGUAGAGCGCAAUGACCAAAUUAUGGCAGACCRUGGCUUCAAAAUUAAAGAGGAGCUUCUGAUGAGAAAUGCAACUUUGUGUAUUCCUCCUAGCACAACUGCAGGCUUGCAAAUGGUUUCAAGUGAAGUGAGAAAUACAUCACGUAUUGCUAAUGCAAGGAUUUAUGUAGAACAAGCCAUUGGCCGAUUGAAGCACUUCCGUAUCUUGAAAAAUGUGCUUCCUCUGAGCCACCUUUACCUAUGUGAUGACAUAGUAAAGGUUGUGUGUGCACUGACUUGCUUACGUGGACCUUUGUGUGAGUGA